GGAACAAUCAUGCUGUUGUACCGCACCACCUCCUCCUCCACCUCCCCUCCUCCCCUGCCACAUAGCUGCUGAAGCCAGCGUCCAUACAGACAGACAGGCAGGCAGAUAGACAGACAGGCAGGCAGACAGACAGGCAGACAGGCGUUCACUUUACUCCUCUACCAACUUCAUGUUUACCUCCACCUCCUCCAACACUUAAGAACAGCUGUCGAGCUAGCAAGGGAAUGCUAACGUUUCCUCACCCAGCACAAGUUGAAGUCAUCGCAGAAGGACAAGGUUCGGCAGUUCAUGUCCUUCACGCAGGCCGGGGAGAGGACAGCCGUGUACUGCCUGACGCAGAAUGAUUGGAAACUAGAAGUCGCCACAGACAACUACUUCCAGAAUCCAGACCUCUACUACAAAGAAUCCAUGAAAACCUCAGUGGACCGAAAGAAGCUGGAGCAGCUCUACAACAGAUACAAAGACCCCCAGGAUGAGAAUAAGAUAGGCAUCGAUGGGAUCCAGCAGUUCUGUGAUGACCUGACUCUGGACCCGGCUAGCAUGAGCAUACUCGUGGUGGCGUGGAAGUUCAGGGCGGCAACGCAGUGCGAGUUUAGCAGGAAGGAGUUUUUCGAUGGCAUGGCUGAGCUUGGCUGUGACAGUCCAGAUAAACUCAAGGCAAUGCUUCCCAGACUGGAGCAGGAUCUGAAAGACACGGGAAAGUUCAAAGACUUUUAUCAGUUUACCUUCAAUUUUGCCAAGAACCCCGGCCAAAAAGGUUUAGACCUUGAGAUGGCUGUCGCUUACUGGAAUCUAGUUCUCACAGAUCGGUUUAAGUUCUUGGAUCUCUGGAACCGCUUUCUGAUGGAGCAUCACAAACGCUCGAUUCCCAAGGACACGUGGAACCUCCUGCUGGACUUUGGAAACAUGAUUGCAGACGACAUGUCGAACUACGACGAGGAAGGAGCGUGGCCCGUCCUCAUAGAUGAUUUUGUGGAGUUUGCUCGACCGAUUGUGACAGGGACUAAACGCAACAUGACAUAGUUGUUACCCCGGCCUCACCCAGUGGACAGCGUUUCUCCUGAUUUUCUUUUUGUUUGAAUAAGGAUUUUUAUACAUGAGCCAAAUACAGACUACUCCUCAAAGAGCCUGUCAGCAGCCUGUCUUUAAGAUCGUUCUUCCAACUGCAUCAGAUGCCUUGGCUGGAGAGCGAGCGCCACUGAAACGCCACUUCAGAGAGGACGGCAGCAACAGGAGAGAGAGAGAGAGAGACUAUGUUUAUGUUUGUUUUUGACUUUGUAACUGCAAUAUGAAAACGAUGGGAAACCGUUACUCCCAUCACUCAUCGAUAAACCACCGAUAGGCGUGGUUUCGAAACCGCUGCUGUGGACUUCCCUAACCUGAACCCUCGGCACAGUGAGGAGGGGCAGCGACGGCGAACUUUCAGCACAUGGAGAGGAUUAAGUUAUAGAUGCAGUAGGACGUGGCCUCAUGCGUUAUCAACACAGCGUGUAAAAUCAGCAUGUGUGUGUCGGCUGGUGCAAAGUGACGGAUGUUGUUGAUGUGAAUGUGUGUGAGGAGAGAAGUGAGUACGUUAUUUUCACUGAAGCUGUGAAUGUGUGCUCUCAUACAAUCACGCUGAGAGCAGAGAGAAGUGUGUGUGUGUGUGUCAGUGUGUGUGUGUAAAGGGGUGUUUCAACAUUUUAAUUCUUAUAGAUUCAAAAGUUUUCGUUUGAUUUUAUUAUAAUGAGUAGUCAGUACGUUAUUAUCGGCCUACGCUGAGAAACAGUGGAAUGAUUUUGUGUUCACACCGAUAAUUGGAUCACCUGCAGAAUUGCCGCCCUGACGAGUGUGAAGUAGGACUUAAAAUACGUUAAAUUAAGUAAGAAUGACAAAAUGUGUGUGUGGAAACAGGAAGUGGUAUUUAAAUCAUGAUUGGUGCAUAAAAAGCAUUUAGGAUGGCGAUUUUUCAAAUGCUUCUAUGUUAGUUUGACUUUAUUUUUGCAGUGUGUGAGCUGCUGUACACAAGAACAACUGACUGUUUCUAUACUUCAGGUAACGACGACUUGCCAACCCUGCAAACUGCACUGAUUUUACACUUUGUUUUCUGUUGUAGGUUUUCUUAUCAGACAGCACUGGAUACAGCUACACAACCAUUCAAGUGUUAAAAUGAACAACCCCGGCGAAAAGUGUUGUUACUGUUUGUUUACACUGUUUGAGGCUUUUUAUUGAGUACAAUCCUGCUGUAGGGGUACUGGUGGUGUGUUCAAGUACCACAUAACUACUACAAAGAAAACAGGUCAUUUCAAGAACACUGCUUUUGCUGCCAUCUAGAGGCGGCUGUGCGGUAAAGCACUUCUCAAAGUACAAUGCUUCACAACAACUGGAUGUGGUCAUAAGUAUUUAAGAGCAUCCAGUUACUUGAGCUUUUUAAUGUUUAGGUUUAAAGAUGAAGUAUUUUUGAACACUUCAAAGCUCCCCAUUAGCUUCAGGGGUCCCUGUCCCCGUAUUUAAAGCAUGACAGAAGGUAGAGCUCAGGUACCAGAUGUCCUCUCCCUGCCAUAGUGAGCAGCAGGCAGCUUUCUGAACAUGCAUCAGUAUUCAUCAAAUUCUGACUCUACUGUCUUCUGGUUUUUGUUGUCGCCGUGAUUUAACAAAACAAUUACAGAGGAUUCCCCCGUGUCAAACUUCUCUGUCCUGUCACACUCGAACAACACAGGGAAUCAUUUGCCUUCAGUUUCCCUUAAAGUGACACACGUUUGAGGUGUCAUAUUUAUGUAGACAGAAGUCUGAUGAUUUGGUGCGUGAAGAUGAAAAUAUAAGCGACUCCUGCGCUGUCACUGCAAGAGCUGGUACGUGUGUUAUGCCAAUCUGUGUAACUAAGCAAGCUCAUGUUGGUGCAAUGAAAUAUCCCAUAUACAGAUUUCCAGAGUCAUGUCAUGGUGGUUCUAAGUUUGGUCCAAUGUGCAACAAACUUGGUUAGACUUUAAGAAGUUCAACCAAGCCCAGUCGCCUCUUGGAUUACACUUGAAACGUUACGAGUCUGUUCCCGCUGCUGGGUAGUGUGACGUUUUCUACCAGUUGAAUGUUGUCGACUUUAUGAUCUGCUUCACGAGCGAGAGACCUUCCAGUGUUCAGUUCGACCACACGGUACAUUUGAUACAUGUUUAUUUUGUCGGAUGUGUGGUGAACAGUUUCAGGUCAUUUCUCAUAAAAACAGUAUUAUUUUUGCCGGUAAAGAAAACAGUUAUUUACAGAAUGUUAUGUUUUGACAUAGGAGCAUACCAUACCUUGUUUUCUUUAAGGACAUUUUCAAUAAAGCAUGUUGUUUUUAA